AUUUCCUUACAGAGUUGCUUUUGAAUUGGGAAUUUCUUCAUUGCAAUGGACUACAGUGAUCGAUUUUUAUUAUUUACGAUCUUCACACCUAUCCUAAUCUUAGUUUUUUUGGCAAUCUGCUGUAUUGCCUUCUGUAAAAUGUUCUAUUGGGCCCGUAAGGAGUGCAUAGAGUGCCUGCAGGCUCAAGCUCAAGUCAGGGAUCAACAGUCUGUCUACGUCAUUCCGAUCUCUCUGUCCGAUGAUGACCUGCACAGACCGCCACGCUACAGCACCGUACAGUUCUACGAACCGCCUCCUGCUUAUAACGAGUUACAUAUGAAGACAGAAAUCCCUCUGGAAUCCCCUCCUGCAUAUUCAGAAUCUGUCUCUGCCUCACCUUCACAUUCAUGAAUCAUGAUCACACCAAACAUAAGAGUAUCUCAAGCACUUGGACUGGUUAAAGGG